AUGAGGUUUGUCCAGGACAAAGGAUGCAUCCUGCCGCUGCUGCUGCUGCUCGCCACGCUGCUGUUCGCGUCUCCCUCGUGGGCCGCCUACAAGCUGCAGGAGCGCUACAGCUGGAACCAACUGGACUUUGCCUUCCCAAACGCCCGGCUCAAGGAGCAGGCCCUGGCCAGCGGUGACUACAUACCACAGAAUGGCUUGCCCGUCGGCGUCGAGCACUUUGGGAACCGCCUCUUUGUCACCGUUCCCCGCUGGCGAGAUGGCAUCCCGGCCACUCUCACCUACAUCAACAUGGACCACAGUCUGACAGGAUCGCCGGAAUUGAUUCCGUAUCCGGAUUGGCGGGCAAACACAGCCGGUGACUGCGCCAACAGCAUCACCACAGCGUAUCGCAUCAAGGUUGACGAGUGUGGCCGCCUUUGGGUGCUGGACACCGGCACCGUGGGCAUUGGCAACACCACCAGGAACCCCUGCCCGUAUGCGGUGAAUGUCUUCGACUUGACCACGGACACUCGCAUCCGGCGCUACGAACUGCCGGCAGUGGACACCAAUCCGAACACUUUCAUAGCCAAUAUUGCAGUGGACAUUGGCAAGAAUUGUGAUGAUGCAUAUGCCUAUUUUGCGGACGAGCUGGGUUACGGCCUGAUCGCUUACUCCUGGGAGCUGAACAAGUCCUGGCGCUUCUCGGCGCACUCGUACUUCUUUCCAGAUCCCCUAAGGGGCGACUUCAAUAUCGCCGGCAUUAACUUCCAGUGGGGAGAGGAGGGCAUCUUUGGCAUGUCCCUAUCGCCUAUUCGCUCGGAUGGGUUCAGAACGUUGUACUUCAGCCCCCUGGCCAGUCACCGCCAGUUUGCCGUCUCCACGAGGAUCCUUAGGGACGAGACCCGCACCGAGGACAGCUACCAUGACUUUGUGGCCCUGGAUGAGCGUGGUCCGAAUGCCCACACUACGUCCCGGGUGAUGAGCGACGACGGCGUGGAGCUGUUCAACUUGAUUGACCAGAAUGCCGUCGGAUGCUGGCACUCCUCGAUGCCGUACUCGCCGCAGUUCCACGGUAUCGUGGACCGGGACGAUGUGGGUCUGGUCUUUCCCGCCGACGUUAAGAUCGACGAGAACAAGAACGUUUGGGUCCUCUCGGAUCGUAUGCCCGUGUUCUUGCUCUCCGACCUGGACUAUGCGGACACGAACUUCCGCAUCUAUACUGCCCCGCUGGCGACUCUGGUCGAAAACACCGUCUGCGAUCUGAGGAACAACGCCUACGGACCCCCAAAUACGGUGUCCAUACCAAAGCAGCCUGUACUACCGAUUGGUCCUCCCUUGUACACCAAACAGUAUCGUCCUGCGCUGCCGCUGAAACCGCAGACGAGCUGGGGACCAUCGGCGUCGCCGCAGCCGCUGCCUCCAAGCCGCACCUACUUGCCGGCCAAUCCGGGCCCCGUCUCCACUGUCAGCGUCACGAAUACCGUGGGCCCAGCCGGCGUGGAGGUGCCCAAAGCCUACAUCUUCAACCAGCACAAUGGCAUCAACUACGAGAGCAGUGGCCCCCAUCUCUUUCCUACCCACCAGCCCAUGUCGCCUGUCCAGGACGGCGGCCUGAAGACUUAUGUCAAUGCCCGCCAGUCGGGCUGGUGGCACCACCAGCAUCAGGGUUAGGUGUGCGGAGCGCGGACAGAAACUGGGUACGGGGUACAGCACACUUUACUCACUCGCUUCUUCUAGGAUAUUUAAAGACCAGAAAGAGAGAAAAGGGAAGGAGAAAGGAGAACCACGAGGUGAACCAUCAACAGCACCAGGAAUCAACGUAUAUAUUUAAUAGUUACACAACUGAGAAUUUCACAUAGUUUUUCGUUAUUUAAGCAAGAAA